AUGGUGCUCAAAAGGGAGGAGUGGACAGAGACUAUGCAGAGAAAACUAUCAUCAUGCUUGCCUUGCCACCUGCUUCUCUCUUCCCUUUACUUGAAAUCAAUUGGUUCCAUUCAUUUUGGACAAGACAUUACCAAGCUCGCAAGACAAAUCCCAAGAGAUUCAUUGAGGACGAUAAAGCAAAGUUUUCUGAUGCAUUUGAUCCGUGUAGUCUGA